GUCUUUUAGAUAAUGUGGCUGGUAUCAAAGAAGAGUUCCUAAAGACGAUAACUUAAGAGUUCAACAGAAGAUCAGAGAGGUAAAAAUAAUUUUAAGAAAGAAUUGAAAAGAAGGAACAAAAAGAAAGAGAAUAGUAGACUCAAGAGAGAAAUUGUCGUAAGUGGAAUGAGAGAGAAAGACAAAUCAAAAGAGAAAGAAGCUGAAUUCUGACACAGGCCAUCACCCCAUUGACUACCGCCACGCCACCCUUGUUUGGCCGCAGCAGCAGCUUCUCAGCCACUGUUAUACUUCUUAGACUCACUAUUAGAUCUCUCCAUCUUAAUUUCUUUGUCUUCCGGUUAUUAAUACUAUCUUAGCAAUAAAAUACAUAUACAUAUUCUAUCUAUGUUGAGGCUUCAAGGAUAGAAAAAGAGUGAUAUUCUGUAAAAUCUUUCUCGAGUUGGCUCUUUUAUGAUGCGUUCGGUGUUCUGAUCAAGAAACUGAACUGGAGUUCUUUGAUUCUUGCUUCAUGUUUCCUCUGGGCUGGUGUGAGAUGAUACUGAACCAGAAUCCAUUUCCCCCUUUAACUCUCUAAUAUUCUGCGCACCAGAUUGAGACCUCUCCUCUGCGGACUUUGCCCACGCCCGACACCCGUACACCACCCUCCCCCUUCAAAUGAAAUCCUCUUACCAUAGAUAUUAUCGUAUAUAUACAUAUGCAUCUGCCUAUCAUAUAAAGGUUGUAUUUUUCUGAGAAUCUGGAGAGGUUUUGAGUUUGCGCAGGUUCUUAAGACACGUUGAGUUCACUUAUACCUCUAUAUAUUUGAAACGCCCCUCCUUCACCUUCAUUUCUAAACCAAAACCUGCAUGCAGCAGACCAAUAUAUAGAGAAAAAUUUAUUCUUUAUUUCACAAAAGAUGCAGCAGCAAGAUAGAGGUGGAAGUGAAGAGAAGAAGCCAGUAGGGAAUCAGCAAGAUCGGAGAUUGAAGGUGAUGCAAGGAGGAGAGACUUCUCAACAACAGCCACCGCAGCAGCAGCCCCAAAAGUGCCCUCGUUGUGAGUCUCUAAAUACAAAAUUUUGUUAUUACAAUAAUUAUAGUCUCUCCCAGCCUCGUUAUUUCUGCAAGACUUGUAGAAGGUACUGGACUCAAGGUGGAACCCUAAGGAACGUUCCCGUGGGAGGAGGUUGCCGGAAAGGAAAACGCCCAAAAGCCUCCUCUUCCGGUGAAAAUUCAAGAUCUUCUCACCCACAUCCAUCUCCACCUUCACAAAAUAUUCUCUCUUCCAGCCCAGUUGUUACCGGAAGUGCUAAAGAAUCUGGUAAGAAUUUGGCUUCGCCUUCUUCGAUUUCUUCCGUGGGAUCUUUCUUUCCAAGUGGUGGGUUUUUGUCUUCUUUAGCUGCAAUUCCACCUUUGAACCAACCACAAUCUUUGAUUAAUCAGAGUCUGAAUCCAGCUCUUAGUGUUGGUAUUGGUGGUGGUGGUGAUCAUCUGGGAGGGUCUUCAAAUUUGGGUCUUUUGCAGGGAUAUAGCAUCCCUUUCGCUCAACAAACACAAUUUUACCAGAUUGGCAAUAGAGAGAAGAGUGUAAAUCCCAUAUAUCAACCGGCUCAAGAGAGCUUGAUUCACUCUAGCAACAGGCCUGCAAGCUCUUCACAUCAUGACUGGCAUCAAAGCUUCAUCAACAAUACCAGCCCUAAUGUAUCUGAUACGGCUUUGUGGAGUACAAGCACCAGCAGCAGUGCCCACAACAACGCCAACAGUAACAAUACUGGCUCUGUUUCUGGUUCUUUGGACCCGAAUCAAUGGCCGGAUUUUCCUGGUUAUGGCCCCCCUUCAUGAGUAAAACUAUAUCUUACAGCAGCAUAUAAGUUCUCUUGAGGAAGUUUUUGCAUUAUUAUCCAGAAAAGCAACCACAAAAUCUCUAUAUGAUUUUACAUUGCAGUUUUAGAUGUGUGUAAUUAUAUAUAUGGAAGAAAGAUAGCGGCAAUGGCUUUGGUUUAUUCUUGAGAUUUUCUGGGUUAAAAAUUAGGAAGAUUAGCUUUGUUUGUCUGAAUUGAACUUGUGAUUAAAGUUAAUAAGGUGUAUCUUUGUUUGGUGA